GUCCCGGAAUACGAAUAGACAAAUAGCAGACUCAGGUUGGGAAACGGGCGGUUAAGCUAAGAACUCUAUACGGGCCUAGAAGAAGAAGCCUAUAGCAUGGCUUCUUAAAUUCACUAAAUUGUCUCUAUCUCUUCAAUCUUUAAGCUCAUUUUACACUCUUUACUUGAAGAAAGGUUUCCCUUUUCAUCAGUGAUUCCAAUACUGUGGGCGUUUUCUGGUUCUUGAAUUUCCAAUGGAAGGAAACCGAUCAUCUGGGCAGAACAAUAAUGGUGAAGAACAAAGGGUUAUACUCUGGAAUGUUGAGGUAUGGUCUUUAUCAACUAAUUCUCUAAAGUUUCGUAGUUGUUCUUCUGUCUUGCAGAUAAAUGUAUCCUUGAGUCUUGUCAAAAGAGUUGGUUUGGCAGUGAAGAGAUCAGAUACUGUCAGAGACCUUAAAGAAUUACUGAAUGAAAAAGAAGGCAUUUCUGAGAAUCUUCAGCACCUCUUUUUCUCUGGGGAGAGGCUUCGUGAUGAUCAAAUGCUAGUUGAUUGUGGCAUUCAGCAGAAUUCCGCUCUCCUGUGUUUUGUCAAAAACAUUGUGCCCCUAAAACUAUUUGUUAAACUAACCAAUAAUCAGAAAGUUGCUGUGAUUGCAAGGUCUUGUGACACUAUCAAAGAUGUGAGAUCUUCUAUCUUGGCCACAGAACGGAUUCAUUCAGAUGACUUUAAUCUGGUCUAUGCUGGUAAGCUGCUUGAAAAUGACAAGACUCUAGCAUCUCUCAACAUCCAAGGAGGAGUGACCCUUCACAUGAUCAGAACUCCAAGAGAUGCCCUGAUAAUCUCAGUCAAAAUGCCAACUGGACGAAUCCUCAAGAUGAAAGUUAAGAUGUUGUACACCGUUGCUGAUAUCAAGACUCUGGUUUGAGAGCAAAGUUGGUUACCCAGUCUCUGGUCUAAGUCUAGUUUAUAAUGGUCUGCAACUUGAGGCUUCGAAGAACCUCUCUUGGUAUAACAUUACGGAAGGCUCAGUAUUAAAGAUGGUGCGGCCAAGUAUCCAGGUGUUUGUGAAGGGCUUCAGUGGCAAAACGGCAACUAUCAAUGUACGUCGAGAAGAUUUAGUUAUGAAGCUUAAGCACAAGAUAUUUCAUAAACUAGGAAUUCCUACGUAUGUCCAGAGGCUGACGUAUGAGGGCAAAUCUCUGGGCGAUGAUCGAAAUUUGACAAGUUACAACAUCCAGAAGGGCUCCACCCUUCAUUUAACUUUCUGGAAAGCAUCAUUUGUGCCUCUGCUUUUCAAGAAGAGAUCUGCCAAGUAUCUUGUCGAUUAUCAAAGUGGCAACUACUAUUACAAAUUUGUAAACAUGUUUGCUUGUGAAGGAAUUAUUAAAAGAUGCAACCCUGUUACUUGAGAUCAACUUUAUCCUUGUCAAUAUGUAAUCAAAAGAUCAGUGAUCAUGGUCAUCUAGGAAGCAUGUUUAGUUUUGUUUGUACCUUUACUUGGCAUCUUAUCCAUCACAGACACUCUAAAAACCACUCUUUCUUAUUUCACAAGUUGAACAGGACUUUUAUGUAUGUCAUGUAUAUAUUUGGA